GGCGUCGAGUACUGCCUCCAGGACCGAGGCCGGCCCUGCCCCCAGCAACAGCAGGUUCUGCCUCGCUUCCCUCACGUCGAGAGCGUUAUCCAGACGGUCUGCGCAUGCGCCGCCACGCCCUUGUCUCGCCUGCGCUCUGAGGCUGGACUGCCUUGUUCUCUCUCGCCACUCUCUUGGUUCUCUAAUUCCCGAGCUCCCCUUCUCGUAUGCGUUUCCUACCCUAUUCUGAGUUAGAGACACAUGUGUCUGUGCCAUUCCAGCUGAAAAAGGUGGUGGAAGUGACCUCCAGCUAGGCUGCUGUGCAGGAGCGCUGUACGUUGAAAAGAGACAGUGACCUAGAGGCAGGUGGACAGAGCACUAAGGGACCAUCAAGAACCCAGAUCAGAAUUAGUUCCAGACUGACCUCUAGCAUCCAGGAGCUAGACACAGAACCAUGGGACCCCAGCAUUUGCGACCUGUGCAGCUGCUCUGCCUUCUAUGGGCCAUCACCUUCCUGCCUCGGGCUGGAGGUCUUUUGUGCUACGAAGCAGUAGCUUCACUUUUCAGAGGAGUUACCUUCUCUAACUGGCGCUGGCUUCUGUUGAGGAGCAUGGUGUGUAAGCAGAGAGAAGGCUGCGAAGAGACACUAGUGUACAUCGAGACAGGGACCCAUAAGGGAGUUUUGGGUUUUAAAGGCUGCAGCUCAGCCUCAUCCUAUUCUCCACAAGUCUCCUACCUUGUUUCUCCACCUGGAGUGUCCAUUGCUUCCUAUAGCCACGUCUGUCGGACCUAUCUCUGCAACAACCUCACCACCCUGCAGCCAUUUGUGAGACUCAAGGCCACAGAUUCUAAGUCUGUGGUAUAUUCUUCCCAUAACUGCCCAUCCUGUGUGGGUGAGCACAGCCGGGAAUGUCUUCCAGUGUUUGUCGUCCUUGAGUCUUGCCCUAUGAAUGCCUUUGCAUGUUACAGUGCCACCAUAAAAUUUCAGGCAGGGUCUCUCAAUACCACUUUCCUGCUCAUGGGCUGUACUAAUGCAUAUAGAAGUUUUUUAGCAAAAUUUCAUCAUAUUGGCAGCAUCCGAGUGACUGAGGAGCUAAACAUUGUAGAGAAGUCCUGGCUUAUUGGUGCAGGACAUUCCAGUCUAGGUUCUUUUUGGAGCGUCCUCUUAGGCUUCCUGCUUAUCUUCAAGCACUGAUAUCCAGCUGGACUAGACACCCACCCAGAU